GGCGGCAGUCGGCAGUCAGUCGGCCAACGAGCUCCGGCGAACACAGAUCGAUCUUUGGCUUUAGAUUUUAUCGAGUUUUGCCCAACCGCAGAGGAUGCGAUUGUAUAGCCUGCUGCCGCUCCUGGCGCUCCUUGUCGUCCAGGCGGCUGGACAAAGUCCAGUAAACGCCGAUGAUCCUGCAACGGAUGCUGGCACAACGACCAACUCCACGACGGACACCAGGCCAAGGAUACCCAGUCGGGAUGAGAUCCUUGGACAGAUGCCGCCCAUUCCACCCAUCCGCACUGGCAGUCCCCCGAUGGACGCCUUUUACAUGAUGUUCCCGGCGCUGGGCAGCCUGCUGCGUUGGGGCAGCCUCUUCCCCGCCCAAUCGAUCCUGGGCGCCAUUCCCGAUAGCCUGCAGCCGACAGCGGCGGCCUCCAAGGUGGUGCUCGUCCUGGCCGAUGAUGCGACGUCCAAGACCCGAGUUACACGCCAGAAUCCGCCGCAAAAUCCACUUGGUCAGUUUAUGAAUUGGCCCGCUCUGCCGCAGGACUUCCAACUGCCCACCGUGGACCUGGGACCGCAAGUGGGCUCCUUUUUGGCCCAACUGCCUCCAAUGCCAUCCAUGCCCGGUCUUCUGGGUGCCCCUGCUCCAGUUCCUGAUCCAGCUCCUGCUGCAGCUCCUGUUCCCGCUGCUGCUCCACCCCCAGCACCAGCAGCACCUCCAGCAUCCAUACCCAAUUCAGAUUCCAUGCCAGCCAUCCUGGGACAAUCCGCUCUGCAGAAUGCUUUCCCCUUCCUUAACCCGUCGAACUUUGAUGCCUCCAGUAUUCUGGGCCAGAGUCUGGGCCAGAAUCUGGGCCAGAAUCUGGGUCAGAGUCUGGGCCAGAGUCUGGGCCAGAGUCUGGGCGCUCCUCCCAACUUUGAUUUCGUGGCGCAAAUGCAAAGGCAGUUCUUUCCGGGAAUGACACCAGCACAACAACCAGCUCCAGCUGGCACAGAUGCCCAGGCCUCCGACAUUUCCGAGGUGAGGGUACGUCCUGAGGUUCCCUACUCGCAGGAGGCCCAGAUGUCGCUGAUGAAGAUGAAAUCGGCACUGGAAGCGGAGCAGGAGAGGCAGCAACCGGUACCGGUCAAGAAUCAGGAGCAAGUGCCUCUCUUGUGGUUCCGAAUGCCCACCACACAGAAUGAGGAUGCGACUGAGGAGAAGACACUGGAGGAUCUGCGGGUGGAGGCGAAACUGAGGGCCUUUGAGCGCCAGGUCAUAAGCGAGUUGAAAAUGCUGCAGAAGAUCGAACUCAUGGCCAAGCAGAUGAGGUCCAGUGCCACCGCGCAGAAUGCCGAUUCACCCUACAGGAUCAGCUAUCCACUCAAUCGUACACCCAUUCACAAGAUCACCCGUGCGGACAUUGAGCAGGCCCUGCGCGAUGACUACGUCCGCCGGCUGGUCAACAAGGAGGCGCAACGCAAGGCCCGGACUUCCGGCAUCAACAACCAGAAGGCAAAUGCCCUGAAGCGACAGGCCAAGUCACAGGAUCAGGCCAUGUCCAAGGAGGAAAUUGUCCAGUUAAUGGCGUAUGCCUAUCGCAUGGCCAGCGAGCAGAUGGAGAGUGAGAAGGGUAAGCAGGACAAGGUUUACGCGGCCUUCAAGACGGAACAGAAUCCAAUGAUGAUGGAGCAGAGGCAAUGGACCGAGGAGCAGGCCAAGAUUCAGCAGAAUCAGCAGCCGAUACAGCAAAAUCCAAUGAUGCAGCAAAGGCAAUGGGCGGAGGAUCAGGCUAAGAUUCAACAGCAGAUCCAGCAAAAUCCAAUGAUGCAGCAGCAGAGGCAAUGGACUGAGGAUCAGGCGAAGAUCCAACAGAAUCAGCAGCAAAUCCAGCACGAUCAACAGCAGAUGCAGCAAAACCCAAUGAUGAUGCAGCAGAGGCAAAUGGCGGAGGAGCAGACCAAGAUUCAGCACGAUCAACAGAUGGCCCAACAGAUGGCACAGCAAGGUCCCAUGAUGAUGGAGCAGAGGCAAAGACAGUGGUCGGAAGAGCAGGCCAGAGCUCAGCAGGCUCAACAGAUGGCCCAACAGACACCCAUGAUGAUGCCACAGAUGCAACAAAGACAGUGGACAGAGGAACCUCAAAUGGUGCAGCAGAUGCAGCAGAGGCAGUGGGCCGACGAUCAGGCCAGGAUGCAAAUGGCGCAGCAAACUGCAAUGAUGCAACAGCAGCAGCGACAGAUGACGGAGAAUCCACAGAUGAUGCAGCAAAGGCAAUGGACCGAGGAGCAAGCCAAAAUCGAACAGGCACAGCAGAUGGAGCAACAGAAUCAAAUGAUGAUGCAGCAGAUGCAGCAAAGACAAUGGACCGAGGAUCAGGCCAAGAUGCAGGAGCAGCAGAGACAGAUGAUGAUGCAGCAGACACCCACGAUGAUGAUGAAGGAGCGCCAGUGGGCGCAGGAGAAUCCCCAGUCUGUCCAGCAGCAAGGAGCCACCAUGAUGAUGAUGCAGCAGCAGACGCCAGCGAUGAUGCAGCGUACAGUGGAGGCGGACCAAGAUGGUGAGGCAGUCGAGGAUCAGCAGGUGGGCGAGGCGGGACCCCAAAUGCCGGAGAACGAGAACGGCGCCAGGCACAAAGUCGAUUCCCUGGGCGUUGGCGGCAACAAGCGCAAGAAGUCCAAGUCCAAGUCCAAGUCGGCGCCGCCAACGGUGAUCAACUAUUACUAUGCGGCUCCCCAGCCACGUCCGGUGGUUCCUAGUUACGGCACAAGUUACGGCGGAGGUGGUUACGGAUCCAAUGCCUAUGGGGUGCAGCGUCCAGUCAAUGUCUAUCAAAGUCAAGGCUAUCGAGCUGCUGUGGGUAACGACGAGGUGGAUGACAUGCUGCGCCAGCACCAGACAAUGGCCAGGACACUAAACCAGAUACAACCAAACCAUGUCGCUGGAUCGGAGUGGCAGAAGAGCAGCUCUAAUCCGCCAACGACGUUGAACCCAGCUCCACAGGAGCCAACACCACCGCAAGAGCAUCGAGUCCACAAAAGGUUAGCACUUUUCCACAGGUUUGGGCGCGGGAUUGGGGCAGAUGCUCCUCCACACUCCACAGCCAGGAGUUGCGGAUGUGGCAGAUUGGAUUGUCUGUGCGGCAGGAGUUGUCGCUGCGGUAGCGCAGGAUUGGGAUCUGGAGUGGUGUCGAGUGGUGGUUCGGGAACCUGCCAGUGCAAAGCCAAUAGGCGGAACAAACGUAGUGUGGAGUAUGGCACCUUGGAGACCAUCGAUGAGGGUUCGCUCAACGAGCUGAGAAGGGAAUAUAAGCUGGGACUUAAGGAGAUCACCCUGAGUCCGGAUGAAGAUCCCGCCGAGGCGCUGAUGCGCUACAAUGCGGCCUCCAUACGCGAAGCUCUGGAGAGAGCCAGCAUGGAACCGCUGGAGAUCGGUGGCGAUCAGUAUGAGGAGGAUGCGCAACAGGAGGAGCAGCCCCUGGUGGAGGAGCAACUGCAGCAUGAUACCAACACAGAGCAGCAGUACAAUUAUAAGGAUUUUGUGCGACUAACCAGUUCCACAGCGUCUCCAAUCACCAGUACCACCGAAGCUGUCCCAUUUGGAGGCAGUGACUCCACUUCAGAAGCACCUGUCACACCAGAAGCCACUACCACAACCACAACCACAUCCACUACCACAACUACAGAAAGCAGCAAUGCCGAGGUGCUGGACAUGCAGCAAGACUCGCAGGCCGAGGCUGAGAGCUCCCAUGUGACCAAGUCCAUAUCCAAGCAGGAGGCGGAGAUCCAUCAGCUGCACACGAUUGUGGAUGAGCUGAGGAAAGAGAUCCUUAAGCUGAAUCUGCGUUGCAGCAAAAUAAUAUCAAACAAUGUGGCCAAGGAACCAGUUCCAGAGCAGACCACACCCGUGGUGGCGGAGGCAUCCAAGCAGGAGGAGAAGCCAUCCGAGCAGGAGGAGAAGCCAAAGGCGGAGGAGGAGAAAGUUAUUGCGGAAGAGCAGACACCAAUUGAGCAGGAGGAAGAGCAGGAAGAGGAGGAGGAUAGCACCUCCACUAGUACGACCACAGAGACGUCCUCACCAAGUGGCAGUUGCUCACCAAAACCCGAACUCAAACCCAUUCUUUCCAUGGCAACGCAUUCAGUGGAUGAGCAAGUUGGCUCCGCCAAUAAACUGGACUACGAAGACGAUACCAAUUGGCAGCGCAUUCUGGCCAAUCGUGGCUAUGACACGGAUUACUUAACCAAAUCCCAUGAGCGUCAGUUUUCGCAGGGCCAAAACCUGGAGAUGCCAAAGAAUUGCAACUACGAUGGCAAUGCCAGCCAGGAGUAUGGCCCCUAUCCGGAGUUCCAAGCGGAUGAACCCAGCGCGGAUACGGAGAGCAAGGCUAAGAGGGCGUUGAGUGUGAAACAACAGGCGCAGCUGCUGAAUGCGGCACUAAAUGAUAGUGGUAGUGAUGCGAGUGAUGCCGCCACCACCACCACCACACCAUCUCCGUACGCGAUGAGGGGCAAGUUUGUAAGACGGAGGAGCACGGCCAGAAGGACACCCAGUCCAAGGAUUGGGCAGGAAAGCGCGGAGGUCUGGGUGCGAUCACCACGGCAAGUGAAAAUGCCCCAACGAUCCAAGAAGUCCAUGUCUAGGCCGAGAAAGGAGAGCAGCUCCCAGUUGGUGACCACACAGGCCACCGUGAGUAGCACCAAGCUGGACAGUUUGGUGGAUGUGCUCAAGGAUCUGGUGCGUCUGCAAAUUCAGAAGGAGAAGAAGUCCAGUCUACUGAGAGCACAGAGCAAUAAUCUAUCGAAAACGGCCAAAUCCAUUAAGUCCAGCAAAGUCAUCAAGCGCAAAAGGUUGCGCAGAAGGCAACACAAGCCCAUUGCCACGACCACCAGGAGUCCCAUUCAGGAGUUCCAUUCCCAUGCAUAAGAUAUUCCACAAAACCCAUUUAAGAUCCCAUCUCACAGUUUCGCCCAACUAAACAUAAUCCUAAACAUAAUUUAGUUAGUGUAUAAGCAUGUUCACUAAUCGUCCGCCAAACAUUCAUGUCCAUCUUUCAUUUGCAUAUCCCUCGUCCAUUU